AUGACAGCGGUAAGAGUGUUAUUAAGCCUGAUGUGUUUGCGUUAAGACACCGCUAUUAUCAGCUUUAUUGGAUCAAUCGACAAUUAUUGCAUUAUUCCUGACUUCGAACAAAAACUAUAUAUAUUUUACGCAAUGGAGUGUGAAGGCGGCUAUGAGAAGGAACAGUUCCGCGCUACGCGAACUUGGAACACAAUUGUGACGGCUGUACAAGAGGAGCUGCCAGUUGGGCGCCACCGAAAAGGACUAAAGCACAUUGAAAACUGCUUCUCAGGAAAUGAGGCCGUAUCUUGGACGUUGCACUACCUUAAAGAAAACUGGGAUAUUCUCUUCGGGGCAGUGGACGACGAGAAGAAGUGCAAAAAACCUACGGACAGGACAGAGAUCACUAGGCAGAAAGUUGCCCUUUUAUUGCAAAAGUUUGUGGAACAAAAGAUCAUUGAGGAUGUCCACGGACGAGGACAGCAGUUCAAGGAUUCAUCUCACCAACUAUAUACGUUCAAAAAACACAACGCCUCUAUUGAGGAUGACAGUUAUAUUCGAGAAAGCCGAAGCGGAAACUUAAGUUAUGUGCCUCCAAGGACAACUAGAUCCGCGACCAGUCUGGUUAAAAUGGCCCUAGUCAGUGUUUCAAUACAGAAGAUCAAACCUACUGGAAAGACGACGUGAUCCUUUUGUGAAACGUCUGAAUUAGUUGGACAAAUAUUUAGUACGACAGAGGUUGCACACUGUAAAAUCUGAUCCAAAUAAAUAUUUUGACAUUUGCGGUCCUAGAUCGCCGACUCCCAGCAUGAAACGAAGCUCAUCUUCAUAGCUGGUUUCCAACAUAGACCGGCAUUUAUGUUUGGUUGGUAAACUUGUUACUACUGCACCAUCAGGACGACAAAAAUCUAGGCCAACAUUAACAAAUAAAGGUGCACUAGGCAAGACCAAGGAAUCUUACAAGAAAGCUUUCUUUAGCAUGAUGCUCAACGAACAAUUAAUUACUCAAGAUGGAAAGAGCUUCCCAGUUGUUGAAAGAACACUCAGGCAGACCUGGAGCUACAAAGCCGCAAGAAGACACUGAUAUUUCUCUAACUCUACGCCUGGUGAAUGUGUCACCAGCCUCAAUGUGGACACCCUGACAUAGGCAACAGCCAUGACACUUAGCGACAGUACCUUAGAAGCUUGCCCUCUAAUAUGUAUAGUAUGAAGUCACUAACACUAGGGGCAUAGAGACGAAUAGAAAAAUAUUGACAACAACGAAAUAAUUAUUCAUGUGUCACUCCUAAGUGGCGUAUUCUUUAUCGAUUUAAUAUAAAAAAAAAAUUAUAAUAAAAUAUUUUGGAACAGGAAUGUGUACUAUAAGUUUGGAUCUUGAAGUCUAAAACGCUUGCCUAGACCCAGUCCGCGCCAGGGUGCGGCAUCUUUAAUCUAGAUCCGCCUAUUCAUUCCCUUGUAAGUUUACAAAAUAGGUAACAAGUAUCAAAUAAGAAUUAUCAAAAACCUCUUGUGACUUAUUUAUUUUCUUUGCGACAAUUACGGGGAGGAAAAAUGUUGCGUGUGUUUACAAGUUAUAUGUAAAAAUGCUACAAUUAAUCAGACUUCGUAUGUAUGUUUGUAUGUAUGAAUACAGAAUGCAAAUAAAAACUAUAUUUUACCCUAAAAAGCGAGUGCUGUUAUUCGGAGUAGAUAUCAGGAGUGUAUAUCAAUAGAACGAGAUUUGGCAGCGACUGCCUGGUUC